UCCAGCUGCUACCAAGCAUCAUUGAUCGUUUUCAGCGAUCGAGCUUCUCUUCUGAAACCAGAUAUCCCCAGAUUUCAGCAGCGCUGCUCGCUCAAGGAUCAAACACCCCUCAUUCCCGGCGCUGGCCAAUCGCGUGUUUUUGUGUCGCGAAAUUGCAUUGGACCCCCCGGUCUCCCACGUUCCUGGAGCAUCGGCGACACUCCAGAGCCCCUUGGCUAAACUUGGCUUAUUUCGGAGGUAUUAAAGAGGUAAAUGGCAACCACACCGCGACCUCGGCCGUGCGCCGAGCUCGACAUUCACGACGACCACUCCCACUACACCACGACUGCUCUUGGCGAGCUCUCCCUCAACAAAGUGCACAACAUCAGACGCAAGACCAGCGUUGAGUCCCUCGCUCGACGGCUUGACAAUUUCCACAUCCAUAAUAGUGAUAAGGAAAACAAGUCACGUCUUCGGUCGGCGGGAGCUGCUUCUCAGGAUCCCGUCUUCGAGGGCGCCCAGGAGCCCAAGUCACCACAAGACUUUGAGAACGGUAACCCCCUUGCCUUGGCUAGCCAGCAGGUUCGCAGCACCAAGGAGCAACUGUUACGGCACCAGGAAGGUCAGUUUGAGUGGCUGCUCUCUGUUCCGGUAAAGACUGCCGCCAAAGAGCGCAGGCCGCGCGGCGACUCUCACGGCGACGCGGAGCUGGGCCGAGGCGAAAAGACGCUGUAUUUUGGAUGUAACCUUGUCAACCGCAAGCCGCAGUCCGACGGGAUACUUGAAGAUGGCGAGUCCACUGACAUCUAUACCUUGUUAGCCACGCGCGUCAAGGCGGAGGAGGACUUCAUCAUUGAGCGGGCGCCUGUGUUUGACGAAAUGGAGGCUACAGCAGCGGACCAGCCUCGUCUGGGCGACGACACGGGCGCUUCCAAGGCCUCCUCGGUGCCGGUCGCGGGGGUCAAUGGGGUGGUUGCGUCCGCGUCCGACGACAGUGGCGAACAUUCCCGUCCGCUGUCUCGAAUUGAGGAUUCUGUGGAGGCACUCGACAAACUCGAGGAGGAGAUCGAGGCCGUUGCGGAGGUUGCCCAGCUGGAGCGAGUGCUCUCUCCCGAAGCCGCCUCGCAAAACUCCAACGCCGCCAGCGCAAAGUCGACCCCAGUGAAGCGAGCGACUUCUGUUCGAGCGCCGCCGGAUCCGGCCAAGAGCAAGACGGUGGGGCGCAGCUCUUCGGUGCGCAACAAGACGACCUCGAGCGGCGACGAUGAGAAGGCGACGACUUCCUCUGCACGCAAGGUCCCCCGGCCGGCCAGCCUCCUCCCGCCGAAGCCGCUCGCAAAAUCCAGCAAGCCUCCGACGACGUCGAACUUUGAGCUGCCGGGCGAAGCCGUGGCCCGUCAGCUGAAGGAGCGGCGCGCCCAGCGCCUGUCGCAGCAGAUCUCGGCGGAGCAAGCGGCCGCCCUGGCAGCCGCCUACUCGCCCUCCAGGCCGCAUGUCAAAUCCUCCAAGCCCCCUACACGGCCGACUUUCGAACUGCCCGGCGAGGCCAUCUCGCGCAGGAAGCGCGAGAAGCGGGAAGCCGAGCUCCGCGCUCAAGAGGAAGAGGAGCGAAAACGGCGCGAGUUCAAGGCCCGUCCGAUCCGCGCCAGCCUCGUCCCGACCACGGUCCCGCGUGAGACCCUCGCGAGCCUGGCGCGCCAGAAGGCGCGGGCAACCACGGAAGGGUCGGCCGACUCGGCCUCGACGACCGUCACGCCCGUCUCCAAGAAGCGCCAGUCCGCCACGAUCACGACGCCCUCAUCCACAUGCGCGACGCGUACCACUACUCCGGCCGGGUCGGCAGCCGCCACCCUCCCGAUCCGCGGGCGCAACCCGACGGCUUCGGCCGUCUCGGACUCGGCGGGCCAGCCGGCUGCCUCCCCCGCCCCGCGCGCGGCGUCGACGUCGUCGUCGGCGGCGGCUAGCACCCACUCGCGCGCGAGCAAGGUGAGCGCCGAGGAGGCGGCGCAGCAGAAGCUGCGGGGCAAGGAGGUGUUUGCGCGCGACAACAGCCUGACGGCGGAGCGGGAGCGCGAGAAGCGCGAGCGCGAGCGGGCGGCCAAGGAGGCGCGCGAGAAGGCGGCCGAGCGCAGCCGCGAGCUGAGCCGGCAGUGGGCGGAGAAGCAGCGGCUCAAGAAGGAGGCGGAGCGGCGCAAGGGCGGGGAGGGCACCGGGGCUCCUGCUUCUUCUUCUUCUUCCCCUUCUCCUGCUGCUGCUGCUGCCGCUGCUGCGGUUUGAGGUGGGGAUGGGGGGGGGAAGGGGGAUGCUGCGAUAUGUCCCCCGAGAGAGGGGCGUGUCCGGUGUUUCGUGUUUGUGUGGUUGAUCUCUUUCUAGGAAAGGGAAGAUGUUGUUGGGAUUGUUCGGCUGGUAGGACUCUCUGAAGCUGACCGAAGCUGCACUGCAUAGCGAAGGUGUGUCU